UCCAUAGCAUUGUGACUCGUAAGCUGAGGGAUAGGAUUCUGGAAGAAGAAAAAAAAGAUGAGUUAUUUAGCAACGAGGGCUAAGCAAGAAACUAGUCAUCUGAUGAGUUCUGAUUUCAAAGAGCUCGUCUUUGCUGCUAAGAAGCUCGCUAAUCAUUCCAUCAUGUUGGGUGCUUCCGGAUUUGGGGUUUCAGUAUUUGAGUGGGUCGCUUCUUUUGCUGCCAUAUAUUUAUUGAUUUUGGACAGAACAAAUUGGAAAACAAACAUUCUUACAACAUUACUAAUCCCAUACAUCUUCUUGAGUCUUCCUUGGGUACUGUUCAGCGCCUUCCGCGGAGACAUCGGAAAAUGGAUUGCUUUUGUUGCAGUUGUUUUACGCUUGUUUUUCCCUAGGCGUUUUCCAGAUUGGCUGGAAUUACCGGCCGCUUUGAUUCUUCUAAUCGUGGUGGCUCCGAGCUUAUUCUCGAGCACGCUGAGAAACAGCUUGGUUGGUGUGUUGAUAUGCCUUGCCAUUGCUUGUUACCUUCUUCAAGAACACAUCAGGGCAUCGGGUGGGUUUCGCAAUUCAUUCACGAAAGCGCACGGGAUAUCGAACACGGUCGGCAUUAUUCUCCUGUUGGUCUAUCCUGCUUGGGCUUUGAUCGUUGAAAUCCUGUAGGCUCUUAAAUCACCAGUUUUCUUGAUUUUAUUUGCAUUGUUUACUUGUUACACUAUAAUUAAUGGACUGGUUCUUGUAUUUAAGACAUGUAUCUAUCCAUCGAGUGUUCAUGCAA